GGAACCUCGCAAGGAUGUUUUGUAUAUACGUAAAGCAAACCGCGAUAAACAGAGUCCAUUGGGGAAGUUUAAGAAAGACGCUACACCGGAAGAGUUGCAGUGCGUGCAGGACUACUUCCUGCACAACCUGCCCGUUUUUUCAUGAGAAACAUCAGCUUGCAUUUGAUAGGGAACUUGUGAAAACUAAGGACAGCAUAAAAAGGCGGUUGAUACUGCGCGGGGUCCCAAACCCUUGUUGGGUUCUUUCUGCGCGAGCAAGCAGUUGGUUGUAUACUUUGAAACAUAUGGUUCAUUGCGCUAUUUGAAUUGCAUGAUAUGACUUUUGGAGGUUACUGCAGCGUCGGCACUGCAAAGGCCAACUGCUGCAACUCUAAAACCAACCCGACUAAGGACUGUGCUUUGAUUUGCUGAGUGAGCUAACUUACUCAGGUACAAAUGCUGCAUUGCUAAUAGGAGACUCUUUGCAAAAACCUUCACAAAGGUCUUGUGCAGGCACGGAUCAGACCUACCAGCGUCGCGCAGGAGUGCAUGGGGCAUGCCCAACUUUCGGAGCCUUCUUCUUAAACCCACUUAACCACAAACAGCAGUAUUCUAUAUCUGCUCGCACUUAUUGUCUUUGUAUUGGUUGGGCGUCUUCGUUCGUCUUUGGAGAAGCCACGUGAAAAACUUCAGCGAGCGACGAAAGCGCCGACGACCAUGGCGGUAACAGAGACCCCCACAGGCUUGCCUGUGGUUCCGCCGACCGGCAAGCACCGCGUGCUCAUCGCCAACCGUGGCGAGAUUGCCCGCCGCGUCAUUCGCACCUGCAAGGCACUUGGCGUGGAGACCCUGUCCGUGUUCACAUCGGUGGAUGCGCUUGCUCCCCAUGUCCGCGACGCUACCAAGGCCGUCUGCCUCGGCGACAACCCUCGCGAGUACACCAACGCCUCCCGCCUGGUGCAGAUUGCCGUGGAGAACGGCUGCACGGCGGUGCACCCCGGCUACGGCUUCCUGUCUGAGAACGAGUCGUUCAUGAACGCCAUCACGGAGGCGGGCGUGGCGUGGCUGGGGCCCACGGGCAAGACCAUGCACGACUUCUCGCUAAAGCACGUGGCGCGAGAGAUCGCACGCAGCGCCGGGGUCCCCAUUCUGGAGGGCAGUGGUCUGGUGAACAACGCCAAUGACGCCAUUAAGGAGUCCAACAAGGUGGGCUACCCCGUGCUGCUCAAGGCCACGGGCGGCGGCGGCGGCAUGGGCAUCUUCCUGUGCCGCUCCGAUGCUGACGUGGCCAAGCAGUUUGAGAUGAGUCAGCACCAGGGCCAGGCCUUCUUUGGCAACGCCGGCGUGUUCGUGGAGAAGUACAUCCAGAAGGCGCACCACGUGGAGGUGCAGAUCUUCGGAGACGGCGCCGGCAACUGCAUCCACCUGGGCGAGCGCGAGUGCUCCAUCCAGCGCCGCCACCAAAAGGUGCUGGAGGAGACGCCCUCGCCCCUGGUCGACGACUCGCUGCGCGCCGCCCUGACCGGCGCCGCGGUGGCUCUGGGCGCCGCCAGCUGCUACCGCUCGGCCGGCACUGUGGAGUUCCUGGUGGACGAGGACAGCCGCCAGUUCUACUUCCUGGAGGUCAACACGCGCCUGCAGGUGGAGCACGGCAUCACGGAGCUGGCGCACGGCGACAUCGACAUUGUGGAGGCGCAGCUGCGGCUGCAGCUGCCAGGCCUGGCGCCCGAGGGCGGUGCGGCGGCGCUGCUCGCCAAACUGGCGGCGGCGCCCGCGGUGGGCUGCUCCAUUGAGGUGCGCAUCAACGGCGAGGACCCCGCGCACGACUUCAUGCCCUGCCCCGGCCUCAUGGGGCGAGUGGCCUUCCCCACGCCCGAGGACAUCGGCGGCGGCAUCGUGCGCGUGGACAGCUGGGUGGAGACCGGCACGGAGGUGAGCCCCCACUACGACUCCCUGCUAGCCAAGAUGAUGGUGUGGGCGCCCACCCGCGCCGAGGCCGUGGCCGCUAUGGCGGCGGCGCUGGCCAAGACGCAGCUGCAGGGUGUGCCCAACAAUGUGGAGUUCCUGCGCGCCGUGGUGGCGGACCCGCGCUUCCGGGCCGGAGACACGAGCACGCGCUUCCUGGAGGGCUUCCACUUCGUGCCGCAUGUGGCCGAGGUGUUGGCUCCCGGCAUGCAGACGUCGAUCCAGGACUGGCCCGGUCGCACGCGGCUGUGGCACGUGGGUGUGCCGCCCAGCGGCCCCAUGGACUCGCUGUCGCACCGCCUCGCCAACGCGCUGGUGGGCAACGACGAGGACGCCGCGGCGCUGGAGUUCAGCCUGCAGGGCCCCACGCUCAAGUUCCACUGCCCCGCCAUUGUGGCGCUGGCCGGCGCCGCCUUUGCUGCCACACUGGACGGCGAGCCCGUGGCCUGGAACACCAGCUUCAAGGUGGGCUCGGGCCAGACGCUGGCUGUGGGCGCCAUGGUGGGCGGCGUGGGCGUGCGCGGCUACCUGGCGGUGCGCGGCGGCAUCGACGUCCCCACCUACCUGGGCUCGCGCUCCACCUUCCCCGGCGGCAAGUUCGGCGGCUACCAGGGCCGCUACCUGCGCGUGGGCGACUCACUGCCGCUAGCCAAGGGCGCCGACGCCGGCGCGGUGCCGUGCGCGCUGCCCGCCGAGCUGGUGCCGGAGUUCGGAGCAGCAGCUUCCGCCGGCUCCGGCGCCUCCUGGCGAGUGGGCUGCAUCAGCGGCCCCCACGCCGACCCCGACUUCAUCACGCCCGGCUUCAUGGACACAUUCCACUCCUCGCCCUACAAGGUGCACUACCAGUCCAACCGCCUGGGUGUGCGCCUGGUGGGCCCCAAGCCCGAGUGGGUGCGGCCCGACGGCGGUGAGGGCGGCACCCACCCCUCCAACGUGCACGACCACAUCUACGCCAUCGGCGCCAUCAACUUUACCGGCGACCACCCCGUUGUGUUGACGGUGGACGGCCCCUCGCUGGGCGGCUUCGUGUGCCCCGCCACCAUCACAUCCAACGAGCUGUGGAAGAUCGGGCAGGUGCGCCCUGACGAUAGCGUCACCUUUGAGCGCCUCACUCUGGCCCAGGCCCUGGCCGAACGCCUGGCCACUGACGCCCGCAUCGCGGCCGUCCGCGACAUGGCGCGCAGCGGCGGCGACCCGGCGGCGGCGGUGGCGGCCGCGAAGGCGGGCGCGGCGGCGGCGGCGGCGGCGGCGGCGGCGCCCGAUGUGGCAAUGCCGCCCAGCAAGGCGCUCACCAAGGAGCUGCCGGCUAAGGAGGGCUUCCCCGGUGCCCAGUACAGGCUGGCGGGCGACCGCUACGUGCAGGUGGACUACGGCCCGAUGGAGCUGGACAUCACGCUGCGUGUGCGUGUGCACUGCCUCAUGAAAACCCUGGCGGACAUGGCGGCGGCCGGCGAGUUCCCCGGCCUGGUCGAGACCAGCCCCGGCGUGCGCUCCUGCAUGAUCGAGUACGACAUCGCAGCCAUCUCGCCCGGCCGCCUGCUGCAGGUGCUGGAGGCGGCGGAGGCCCGCAUCCCCGACUGCUCCACCAUGACGCUGCCCAGCCGCGUGGUGCACCUGCCCAUGGCCUUUGACGAGCGCUGGACGCACGAGGCCAUCGCCAAGUACAUGAAGAGCGUGCGGCCCUCGGCGCCCUACCUCCCUGACAACAUCGCCUACAUAGCAGAGAACAACGGCCUCAGUGGCGGCAAGGAAGAGGUGCGCAAGAUCAUCUUUGACGCGUCCUACCUGGUGCUGGGCCUGGGUGACGUGUACCUGGGCGCGCCCUGCGCCGUGCCCAUGGACCCGCGCCACCGCCUGGUCACCACCAAGAUGAACCCCGCCCGCACCUUCACGGCCGAGGGCACGGUGGGCAUCGGCGGCUGCUACAUGUGCAUCUACCCCAUGGACAGCCCCGGCGGCUACCAGCUGGUCGGCCGCACGCUGCCCAUCUGGAACACGUACGGCCGCAGCGGGCCCUUCAGCGCCUCCAAGCCGUGGCUCUUGGAGUUCUUCGACCAGGUGCGCUACUACCUGGUGAGCGAGAGCGAGCUGGAGUCCAUGCGCGCCGGCUUUGCCAGCGGGCAAUUUGACAUCGAGAUCACGCCCACCACCUUUGACGUUGCGGCCUACGUCGCUAAUGAGAAGUCGGUCGCGGCCGAGGUCGCUGAGUUCAAGGCCAAGCAGCGUGUGGCGAUGGACAAGAUGCUGGUGGCCGAGGCCGAGUCGCUCGCCGAGCUGGCGGCUGCCGCGGCGGCGGCGGGCAAGGACGCCGCGGCAGCGGCGGCCUCGGGUGCGGAUGACGAGGACGACGAGUCCGCAUUUGACAAGCCCGGCUUCAUCAAGGUGACGGCGGCGUUUUCCGCCAACGUGUGGGACGUCCGCGUGGAGGCGGGGCAGGCCGUGGCCGCGGGCGACACACUGGUGGUGCUGGAGGCGAUGAAAAUGGAGACGCCGGUGGCGGCGCCUGUGGCCGGCAAGGUUGUUGCGGUGAAGGCGAAGCUGAGCCAGCUGGCGGCCAGCGGCGCGACGCUAGUUGUGAUUGACACCAAUUAAUAAGUGAGGUGUGGAGGUUGCGGACGUGGGAGGUUGCAGGGCUGGGAGGUUACACCCUCGGAACGGUUGCCUAGCAGUUAGGAAGGGUAGGAAGAGAACGAAGGAAAAGGGUAGGGCUAGGUUUGCACAUGACGACUGUAUGAGCGAGCUUUUCGAUGACUGCGGCAUGGAGUGCUUGUGUAUUCAUCAUAUGCCGCUGCGUUGUCUUGUGUGUUAAACUGCUUGCUUGAGGAAUUAGCGAGAUUAUGACUCAUGCAGGGCUGCAGCCCUGGACUGCAGUCACACCCUGGACAGUUGCGUGGCCCUCAAUAGUAGGUAAAGUCGGCCGCAACAGGAACGUCGGCCGAGCGCGGUGGCGGUGACCGGUGUGUGGUGCCCCGCAUAAACACUUAAUUGAUGUUGAUAGCCGUUUAGUUAAUACAUGUUGCAGGCGGAUCGGGCGCUACGUCGUACGGGCAGGAGAACUGACUGUGACGGUUGCUGCGCCAUGCAUGCUGCGUGUUGAACUUGCCAAGCAAUACUAUUGAAAUGGAAGUCGAGCGUCAAGCAUUAGGAACCUACUGCAGGAGUGACUUAGGGACGUAGGGCAUAUACUCAGUAAUAAUCAGGGUUGAUUGUGGUGAGUGGGAGGCUGCUUGAUUAACUGCCAAUGCAACGCGCGGGGUAUGAAUCAGAGGGGCAGGUACCCCUGGCGUUGGUUGCUGACACUGGUCACCCAGCUUUGUCGGGGGUGGACUUUGUAAUACUUGCCUGGG